AUGAAGGUGCUGAAGCAAGAAACGAGGUGUGAGAAGGAACACAAGCGCGAAAAGAGCGUGAGAGGGCGCAAGAGUUUGGCUGACCAAAAGACAGUGCCCUUGGAGAGCUCGGGCGGUGGGGGAGGAGCCUCGCCCGAGGAGGCGGCUGAAAAGGCGGGGAAAAUGGAGAAGGAGGCGGUGGGGGAGGCAAAGAUGUGUUCAGGCCAGGGAGCUGAGGAGGUGAAGCUGGAGCCUUUACAAGAGCGUAAGCCUGCUUCGGAGGAGAACUUGACGUGGAGUGACAGCGGCGGCGAUAAGGAGGUGCUCCCUUCAACCCCACCUCGCUGUUACAGCAGCUCUUCGCCCCUUUGCCCGCGCCGCAAGCCCCGCCCUCGGCCCCAGCCCCGGGUCCGGGCCCGAGCCCUGCCCGGGCCCUCGGCCCCACCCCAGCCUCCAGCCUAUCCUCCCCCUCAGCUUCUGACCCGGCCCCAGUCCUGGCGCAGAUCGCGGCGUAGAUCCCGGCCUGGGUCUAGGCCCCAGAAGCUGCGAAGCUGUUCUCCUGACCUAGGUGGCUCUGCGGAUCGAGGUGGCCUAGGGGACUGGUUGCUGGAGGUGGAGUUUGAUCAGGGUCCUACAGGCUGCUCUCAUGUGGAGAGCUUUAAAGUGGCUAAGAACUGGAGGAAGAACCUGCGGUUGAUCUACCAGCGUUUCGUUUGGAGUGGGACCCCAGAAACUAGGAAACAUGUUUCUCAACAGUGUAUGACAUCAGGUGUUGAAGAGAAACAUUCAACCUGUGAGUCAAAGGAACAGGAGCCAAAAUUGGUGAAACCCAAGAAAAAGAGGAGGAAAAAGUCAGUCUGUACUGUAGGCCUGAGAGGGCUAAUCAAUCUUGGGAACACGUGCUUUAUGAAUUGUAUUGUCCAGGCACUUACCCAUAUUCCUUUAUUGAAAGAUUUCUUUCUCUCUGACAAGCAUAAAUGUGUAAUGACAAGCCCCAGCUUGUGUCUUGUCUGUGAAAUGUCUUCUCUUUUUCAUGCAAUGUACUCUGGGAGCCGAACUCCUCACAUUCCUUAUAAGUUAUUGCAUCUAAUAUGGAUUCAUGCAGAACACUUAGCAGGAUAUAGGCAGCAGGAUGCCCAUGAGUUCCUUAUCGCAAUAUUAGAUGUGCUGCAUAGACACAGCAAAGAUGAUAGUGUUGGGCAGGAGGCCAAUAACCCCAACUGCUGUAACUGCAUCAUAGACCAAAUCUUUACAGGUGGCUUGCAGUCAGAUGUCACAUGUCAAGCUUGCCAUAGUGUCUCUACCACAAUAGACCCAUGCUGGGACAUCAGUUUGGACUUGCCUGGCUCUUGUGCCACAUUCAGUUCCCAGAGUCCAGAGGGAGCCGACAGCACAGUGAGUAGGGAUGACCACAUACCAGGUAUUCCCUCACUCACAGAUUGCCUACAGUGGUUUACAAGGCCAGAGUACCUAGGAAGCAGUGCCAAAAUCAAAUGCAGUAGUUGCCAAAGCUAUCAGGAAUCUACCAAACAACUCACGAUGAAGAAAUUACCUAUCGUGGCCUGUUUUCAUCUCAAGCGAUUUGAACAUGUAGGUAAACAGAGGCGAAAGAUUAAUACUUUUAUCUCCUUUCCCUUGGAGCUGGAUAUGACUCCAUUUUUGGCCUCCACUAAGGACAGCAGAAUGAAGGAAGACCAGCCACCAACAGAUUGUACACCCAAUGAGAAUAAGUAUUCCUUGUUUGCAGUGAUUAAUCACCAUGGAACUUUGGAAAGUGGACACUAUACCAGCUUUAUCCGGCAACAAAAGGACCAAUGGUUUAGCUGUGAUGAUGCCAUCAUCACCAAGGCUACCAUUGAGGACUUACUCUACAGUGAAGGGUAUUUACUGUUCUAUCACAAACAGGGUCUAGAGAAAGAAUAGUCUUACAAGACACUUACCAGAAAAAAAAAAGGAAAUGAAUAUACAAGGAUCCUGAAAUGACACAUAAACCUACCUGGAAUGGACAAUGACAAUACCCAUACAACAACAAGCACCUCUUGAAGUUUCGCAAAAACCUACCUGGCAUUGACAAUGACAAAUAGCACCUAUAUGACAAGUAGCACCUUGAUAUAAAGAACCUAUUUUACCAUGGUUUAUGGGUCUGUAAGAGGAAAAAAAAUAACUAGUGACCAUUCAGCCUUAAGAAAUGGGAGGGGGGGAAGAGGUUGAAAAUGGUCACAUAAAGCAUACUUAAAUGAACAGAUUGUUUUAGAUGGGGAGAGUGGGAAUGGAGAUGUUCUGCCACUGCUGUAUGUCAUUUGUUUCUACAAAAAUACCAUGUGAGAUCAGGGAGUAUUUGUACAUCAACAAAAAGUUUAACAAUUGGUAUUCUAGCUGUGGCUGAUUAGUCAAAUGGUUUGAAAAAAAGAAUAUUGAAAAAAA